AUGGUUGGUGUUGGCAAUGCGGUGCUGAUGGCCGUGGUAGUGGAACAGCAGGAGUCUGGAGGUGGAAAGGGCCGUAGUUCCAAGAAGAAGUCCAGAAGGCAUAGCGGGCGCAAAGAAACCUACUCAAUGUCUAUCUACAAGGUGCUAAAGCAGGUGCUCCCUGACAUCGGCAUCUCUUCCAAGGCAAUGAGCACCAUGCACUCACCAGUGAAUGACGUGUUUGAGCGGCUGGCCCAGUACUCAGGCCGAACCACACUGAGGACCCGGGAAGUCCAGCCGGCAGUGCGCCUGCUGCUGCCUGGGGAGCUGGCCGAGCACGCCUGUCCCAGGGCACCAAUCUGUCACCAAGUACACCAGCUCCGAGUGACCUGGGGCCUAAGCUAA